AUGACUUCAGUACUUGCGGCCGGAGCUUCGACGCAUCCCUUCACAUGCAAUACCUGCCAGGUUGCCUUCCGAGCGAACGAGGCGCAACGGAACCACUACCACACCGACUGGCAUCAAUACAACCUCAAGCGUAAAGUAGCCGAGCUGCCGCCACUUUCCUCGGAAACCUUCGCCGAAAAGGUUCUGCACGCACAAGCCAGCACCCGUCUCGAACGCGAGCGUGCCACCUUCGAGAAGAACUGCGCCGCCUGCAACAAGACAUACUACUCCGAGAACGGCUACGUAAAUCACCUGGGCAGCCACAAGCACCGACAGAAUGAGAAGGAAGCGCAGGCGGCGGAGGCGGCGCUGGCGGAGAAGGUCGAGGCUCUCAACGUUUCGGGCGAUUCGACGCCGACACCCAGUGAGGCGCCUGGCAAGGAGGAGCUGCUGCAGGCGCUGACACUCGAGGCGUGUUUGUUCUGCCCGUACGUGUCGCCGUCGCUCACGCUCAACGUUAGCCACAUGACCAAAGCGCACGGCUUGUUCAUUCCCGAGGCGUCGUACCUGGUCGAUCUGGCGGGUUUGAUGACAUAUCUGGGACAGAAGUUGGUGCUUGGUAACCAGUGCCUGUACUGCAACAAACAGAAGGGAGGACUGGAAGGGAUCAGGACUCAUAUGCAGGAUAAGGGCCACACCAUGCUCGGUUUCGAGACGGAGGAACAGCAGAUCGAGUUGGGUCAGUUCUACGACUUCCGAAGCACGUACUCCGAUGCCGGUGAAGAGUCCUCCAGUUCCGACGACGCCGCCGAGACUUCCGAUAAGAAGGACAACGGAGACGACGAGUGGGAGGAUGAGGAUGUUGCUGGCGGUGAGGCCGAAGGUGAGGCGUGGGAGACGGAUUCCGACACCUCUGACGGAUGGCAUUCGCACGCUCACAGCCACAUCUACCACGACGAAUACGAGCUACAUCUUCCCUCGGGCCGCUCCGUCGGGCAUCGAUCGCUCGCGCGCUACUACCGACAGAAUCUACGCGACCACCCCAUCGCACCCACCAGACGCGCCGUCGAAUACCGCCGUGCCGCGGACGACGAGGACGACGAGGAGGGCGGCGUCGAGGUUGGCGAGGACGGCGAGCGCGCGCUCAACCGCCGCGAGAGGAGAGAGGAGGCCAGGGCUGUUGCCAGACGCGGUGACCUCGGCAUGACCGGCGCCACCACUUCGCAGAAGCGCGACGUCGCCAAGUUCACGAAACUCGCACAGGCGGAGGAGGCUCGUGGCCGGAGAAAAUUCGAGCGCAUUGUCAACCUCAAGGGCAAUUCCCAGAAGCAUUACCGCGAUCCGCUCCUGCAAUAG